AUGCCUGUCACGAAGAAGGUGACUUCUGCAGCAGCAACAACUGCUGCUACGCCGUCCUUGAAGGUGUUAAACGUUAAACUUAGACAGAUUCAAAUAUCAGCGGGAGACAUCUGGCGUUUCGUCGAUAAUUUUCAAGAUGAAUGUUCUACUUCUGAAAUUGAAAUACGCUUGGAGGAGUUAGACAGUUUAUGGGAACGGUUUAAUGAUGCCUUAGUAGACAUUCAAUCGCAUGAGGAGUUUGAUGAGUUUGAGAAUACCUGUGAAAAAGAUAGGCUUUUGUACAGUGAGCAAUAUUACCAUGCUAAAUCGUUUUUGAUGGAGAGAAUUAAAGAGCGCAGGAGGGUUCCGGAAGGUGAACAAACCUCUAGGGCAAACGAAAGCUUGUCACAAUCUACACUUGAUCAUGUUCGACUUCCUCAGAUCAAGUUGCAGACCUUCAACGGUGACAUUGAAGAAUGGUUAAGCUUUAGGGACCUUUUUACAUCAUUGAUUCAUUGGAAACCAGAUUUACCAGAAGUGGAAAAGUUCCAUUAUUUAAAGGGCUGUUUGCAAGGUGAACCUAAAGCCCUUAUCGACCCUUUGAAAAUAACCCAGGCAAACUAUCAAAUCGCUUGGGAUUUGUUAGUUAAAAGAUACAACAACAGCAAACAACUUCGGAAAAGACAGGUUCAAGCCCUGUUCCAGCUGCCAACGCUUACCAAGGAAUCCGUCACCGAUUUGCACGUUCUUUUGGAAGGUUUUGAAAGAAUUGUGCAGACGUUGGAUCAAAUCGUUCAACCUGUGGAUUAUAAGGAUCUACUAUUGGUCCAGAUUCUCUCCUCGCGUCUCGAUCCAGUGACACGCAGAGGAUGGGAAGAAUUUUGGGCAAAUGAGGACCAGGAUUUGAUCAAAAAUUUAACGGAAUUCCUGCAGAGGCGAGUUCGCGUUUUGGAAUCGUUGCCAGCAAAACCAGUUGAACAAAAACCUCCUCAGCAUCAACCUUCGACAAAGCCAAAACCAUUCGUAAGAGGGAGCUAUAAUAUAGUUCAAACAUCCGGUAAACGCUGUGUAGCUUGUGCGUCAGAUCAUCCUCUGUACCAAUGCGCAAGUUUCCAACGGCUGGCAGUAGCAGAUAGGGAAAAGCUUUUGCGAACAAACCAAAUGUGUCGAAAUUGUUUCAACAAGGGUCAUAAGGCGGUGGAAUGCAGAUCAAAAUACUCUUGCCGACAUUGCAAGGGUCGACACCAUAGUUUGGUCUGCUUUAACCAGGAAAGGACAGCAUCAACAAGUUCAGAUCAACGCAGAAGUGAGCCAGCACGGACGGAUUCUGAACCCAGCGCCACACAAGUCACCAACGCAGCAACAACGGUCACAAAAUCAUCGAAUGCUUCGCAAUGCUCUGCGCAAAUUCUUCUGGCAACCGCAGUGGUGGUUCUAGAAGACGAUUACGGUAAUCGGUAUCCAGCACGGGCUCCUUUGGACUCGGGGUCAGAGAGCAACCUACUCACGGAGCGCAUGAGCCAACGCCUGAAGGUUUCCAGGGAAAGGGUGGACAUUUCGGUGAUUGGAAUCGGGCAAGCAUCCACCAGGGUUAAGCAGAGAAUUCAAGCAACGGUCAAAUCACGCGUUUCUGAAUUCGAAAGGUCGAUGAGUUUCCUCGUUUUGCCUAAGGUAACUGCUAACUUGCCUGUCGCUUCGAUAAAUACCAAGGGAUGGAAGAUUCCGAAGGGAAUUGACCUAGCUGAUCCUUCCUUUUCGGUUUCUGGUCAAGUUGAUAUCGUUUUGGGCAUUGAAGCGUUCUUUGAGUACUUUGAUAGUGGCAAGAAAAUUCAUCUUGGACCUGGAUUACCGACAUUAAAUUACUCCGUAUUUGGAUGGGUGGCUUGUGGUGGGGUUUCUUUAUCUAAAACCUCUAUCUCCGUGGCAAAUAAUUCCAUUUUGGCAGAAGAAUCCCUAGAAUCCUUGAUGACUCGAUUUUGGUCCUUAGAGGAGGUCGAGUCCCCGGUCGUAUUUUCCCCUGAAGAAGCUCGCUGCGAAAGCCUAUUUACCCAGACGGUGCAGCGACAGCCUAAUGGUCGUUAUACAGUCACUUUACCCAAGAAUGAAAACGUUUUGGCGCAACUUGGCGAAUCUAAGGAGAUCGCAUUGCGGCGUUUUCUAGCCACGGAACGAAGAUUAGCCAGAGAUGAGAACCUGAGGAACCAAUACAUUGCCUUUAUGGAAGAAUAUGUCAGUUUGGGUCAUAUGCGUAAAGUUCAUGAGUCAGUAAAUGAGUCUGUUAAUGAGUCUGUUAAUGAGUCUGUUACGCAAACAGUUGAUAAGUCAGUUGAUGAGUCAGUUGAUAAGUCAGUAAGAUCAAUGUCUGUGAAUGCGUCAGUAAACAAUGUCAGAAAUUUGUCAGUCAGACGCUGUUAUUUGCCCCAUCACCCGGUGGUUAAAGAGGCCAGCACCACCACGAAGGUGAGAGUGGUAUUCGAUGCCUCUUGCAAAACAUCUUCGGGAAUAUCCCUUAACGAUUCUUUGCUUGUCGGUCCGGUUGUUCAAGAAGAUCUACGAUCGAUCAUCCUACGUUGCCGCAUCAAACAGUUCAUGAUAGUCGCUGAUGUGGAAAAAAUGUUUCGUCAGAUUGAAGUUCACCCAUCCGAUCAAUCUCUUCAGUCGAUUCUAUGGAGAUCUUCUCCUACCGAUGAGAUUUCGAUCUACGAACUUUGCACGGUGACCUACGGAACAAAACCGGCACCUUUUUUGGCCACACGCACGCUUCGACAACUAGCUAUGGAUGAAGAGGUUAACUUUCCACUUGCAGCAAGGUCUGUUCUCGAAGAUACGUAUAUGGAUGACGUAAUCACAGGAACAGAUGAUGCCUCAGAAGCCAGAAUCUUACGAAGUCAACUGGAUGGUUUAAUGUCAAGUGGAGGCUUUCGCUUGAGGAAAUACGCGUCUAAUUGCUUGGAGAUCUUAGCCAAUAUACCCCAAGAAAACUUGGCGAUUCCUUGUUCGGAAGGAAUACCACUCGAUCCCAAUCCAUCGGUUAAAACUUUGGGCCUUACUUGGAUGCCUGUGUCGGACGAAUUUAGUUUUCAGUUUUCCUUGCAACCAUUAGACGAUAGAGAGCCUAUAACCAAACGUCGAAUUCUAGCAAUAAUUGCUACAUUGUUUGAUCCUCUGGGGCUACUUGGAGCCACAAUUGCAAGCGCGAAGAUCUUUAUGCAACUGCUUUGGACGUUGCAAGAUGAAAGGGGAGAAAAACUUAAUUGGGAUCAGCCAGUACCUCAAAUGGUGGGUGAGCAGUGGAAGAAAUAUUACCAACAACUUCCGCUUUUGAACCAAAUCAAACUCCACCGUUGUGUCAUCAUACCUCAGCCGGUCUCGAUUGAAUUACACUACUUUUCUGAUGCGUCAGAGAAGGCUUACGGUGCGUGUGCCUACGUGCGCAGUCAGAAUCGUGAGGGUCAGGUAAACGUCAGUUUGCUCACUUCAAAAUCGCGAGUAGCACCACUCAAAUGUCAGAGUAUUCCCAGGCUUGAACUCUGCGGGGCCCUUGUGGCCGCAGAGCUCAAUGAGCAGAUUAAAAGGUCAGUUAAAAUGAGUCUGCGAACAGUGUUUUGGACUGAUUCUACCUGUGUUCUGCGUUGGCUUCAAUCGAUCCCGUCAACCUGGACCACUUUCGUCGCAAACCGAGUUAGCAAAAUCCAAACUCUAACAGAAGGCUGUCAAUGGAAUCACGUUGCCGGAAAGGAAAAUCCAGCUGACCUUAUAUCCCGCGGAAUAACACCGGACGAAAUAGUAGAGAACCAAUUUUGGUGGAAUGGUCCAAGUUGGUUAUCGGAGAAUCCAGAUAGAUGGCCUAAUACUACGAAAACAUUCCCUGAAGGGGACGAAGAAAACGAACGAAGGCGUUCUACAAUUGUUGCGACAGGUUCAGAGAAGCAAGAAUUUAUCCGUUGGUAUCUUUCUCACUUCUCCUCCUACACGAAAUUGAUACGUUGUACAGCCAUUUGGAUGAGAUUGUGUCGAGUGCUUAAAAGGUCGAAGAAAGGUAUUAUUUCCGGAUUUCUUACCACCAUGGAGUUGUCGGAAGCUGAACUAGUUUUGGUACGACUUGUUCAGAAGGAAAGUUUCCCUGAAGAGCUUCGGGCGCUUUCAAGCCAGGAAUUCGUGUCACGUCGAUCCCCACUUCGAUGGUUUAACCCAUUCUUAGAAAACGAUCUGAUAAAAUUGGGUGGACGAUUGAAACCCAAUGAACCAGAAACCUUCGAACAUCCUCUCGUUCUCCCAGCGCAACAUUGUUUCACUAAACUGUUGUUUCAACAUUACCAUGAACGGUUGCUUCAUAGUGGACCGACCUUGAUGCUGAGCGCAAUCAGGCAACGAUUUUGGCCACUUGGAGGAAGAAGUGGAGUUCGUCAUGUUGUCCACCGCUGUCUGAAAUGCUUCAAAGCAAAGCCGACCCCAAUAGAGCAAUUUAUGGGAGAAUUGCCUGCAGAAAGAGUGACAGAGUCUAGGCCAUUCACAAAAACUGGCGUUGACUAUUUUGGUCCAAUCUACGUUCGGCCCGGACCUCGAAAACCAGCUUCAAAGGCAUACGUGGCUCUGUUUGUUUGCUUUUCAACCAAGGCAGUUCAUUUGGAGUUGGAUUCCGAUCUUUCUACUGAUCGUUUUCUCCAGGCACUUCGGAGAUUUAUUGGACGAUGGGGAAAAAUCACCGAUAUCUUCUCGGACAACGGGACAAAUUUUAUAGGAGCCAAAAAUUAUUUACACGAACUUUACCAACAGCUUAAUUCAAAACCACACCAAGAGAAGGUAUCCAAACAUUGCGCUGAUGAUGGGAUUCAGUGGCAUUUGAAUCCGCCCCGUGCCCCACAUUUCGGUGGGCUUUGCGCUGUGCGCUCUGCAAAACAUCACAUCCUCAGAGUGAUAGGCGAUCAACCGUUACCAUUCGAAGAUAUGUGUACUUUGUUGGUUCAGGUCGAGAGCUGUCUGAACUCAAGACCAAUUACACAGCUCACAGACGAUCCUAAUGAUCUCGAGCCACUUACCCCUUCCCAUUUCUGGCUUGGUUCGUCUCUGCAAGGUCUACCGGAACGUGAUUUGAGAAAUGUGUCCACAAACCGGCUGAAUAAUUCUCAAAUUGUGCAACAAAAACUGCAGCAGAUAUGGGCUCGGUGGAAGCAUGAGUAUCUCUGUCAACUACAGGCCAGAACGAAGAGGUGGAACAAACCUGUAAAUAUUGAAGUCGGAAAACUGGUGGUGAUUUGUGAUGAUAAUUCUCCACCAAUACACUGGAAGAUGGGCCGGAUUCACGCAGUGCACCCAGGAAAAGAUGGGAUCAUACGGGUCGUUACGCUCAAGACUGCUACAGGGUUUAAAACAAGAGCAGUAGAACGUCUUUGUCUGUUACCCGUUCAACCAGAAAUUGAUGUUGUUGUUGAGUCAAACGUAGAGUAG